GGCGUCUUCGCGCAAUGGCCAAUAGGCGCUCACUGAAACUUUAGGUGUAGUAGGCUACUCUGCUAUUGCGGUGCGGCUGUCGAGGCUAUUUUAAAUAUUUAGUUUUGCCAGUACUGUCAUAAGAUAUGAUCCGAUUCACAGUCAGGGAGAUCCUACGGUUGCAGACCGUCCGGUAUUACUCGGGAGGGCUCAGAUCUGUUUAUCAUAAAACUUUAGACAGUGUAGAGCAGAUCCUGCCGCCGAAGUUAAGGCCAUUGUACAAUCAUCCAGCAGGUCCAAAGACAGUCUUCUUCUGGGCUCCAUGGGUUAAAUGGGGAUUGGUAGUUGCUGGCAUUUCUGACUUCACUCGCCCUGCAGAGAAACUCAGCACCUAUCAGUCUGCUGUGCUAACAGCCACAGGCUUCAUCUGGGCACGCUACUCCUUGGUUAUUAUCCCACGGGUCUGGAACCUCUUUGCUGUAAACUUUUUCCUUGGCCUUGCUGGCUCAGUUCAACUCAUCAGGAUUUGGAGGUAUAAUCAAGGACUAAAGCAGAACUAGAAGAAACAGAUCCAUGAGGAACCAAAGACUCCAUUAGAAAUGAGGGGGGAAAUCACAUGUUUGUGAUUAAGAGCAUACAUUCUCCAUUAAAACAAUUUUCUCAAAGAA